UAAUGAAUGGCAAAUAGAUUACUGCUUCUUUAGCUACUGUAUAUAUAUUAAAGUAUUAUUAUUAGUUAUAUAUGUUUACAAAUCAACUAAGAGCUGUUGUUUAUUGGAAUGGACUUCAUCCUUAUCAAUUUUUUGGAAUAGAAAUGACUACAUAUGAUUCUUAUUUUAUUAUGCCUUUGGUCUUUGGAAUAGUUAAUUAUGGAUUAUUAAAGACUAGUCAACUUAAAUCAUUAUAAACUAUUUAGAACGAUAAAAAUAGAUUUAAAUUAAUUAAUAUAUGUUUUAUGUCUUCUUUAGCUGUUGUUGGUUUACCAAUAGUAAAAAAUAUUAAUUAAUUUUAGGAUAUUCUUAUGAUUUAUUCAAUUAUGGGAUGUUGCCAAACAUUAAUAUAAUAUAAAAAAUAAAAAGAAAUAGAGAAUUUAUUGAGGAAUUCUUAAUAGUAUUUGGUUAUUUGGCAUUUAUUAUGA